ACAAGCAUUGACACGAUUGAUCUACUUCCUUCAACAAAUUCAAAUAUUUUCAAUCAUCAAAAUUUUUGUUAUUCUAAAAUCCGCUUUAAAUAAAAAUUAAAUUAAUUUUUCACUUAAAAUUAUUUGUAAUUAAUUCCACCACAAAAUGAGCCGUCAACGAGCUGGAAAAAGAAGAAAUUUCGUUACAAACAAUCCCGACGAAAAAUUUCAAUUGUCUGAAUUAAUAGAAGGCAUAAGACAGUACCAAGACGAGGAAUAUAAAGCAAUGCAAGCUGAGUUCGAUCGCGUUGAACAGCUCCUAGCUUCUGAGCCCAGCUCUAAGCUGAGCCGCCUGUGGGAGCCCAAUGCUAAAGUAAGCAAUUUAUGGAAAACACGGUCGUUGCCAACUGAUAAAACGCAACCUCAAGAUCAGACAACAGAAAAUCCACCACAUUGUGUACAAGAAUAUAGAAAUACGGGCGUCGUGCAAAAUCACUAUCGAUAUGUAAAAUGGAUAUUGUUGUUCUUUUUGAUGCUUUUCUUCGGCAUGUUGACGAAAUUGUACACUGGGCGAUUAGUCAAUAAUGUUGUCAGCAUUUUCGAAUACCUACGCUUGAAAAUAAAAAAUUGAAAAUGUAAAAGUAUCCGAACAUUUGAGAUUAAAAACAAAAAAAGCUACAAAUGGUGUGUACGUAAUAAUUAGUUGUCGAGUCAAGUU